AUAAAGCCAUCCCUCACCCUCGACAAGGUUGUCUAGACGUCAUCGACAACCCCUCCCGAAAGAAGACUACGAUUAUACGCUUCUGACCUCUACAUCCAUCUGUCAUGCCUAUGGUAACCGCAGCCACCACCCUUAGACGGGCCCUCGAAGACCCCAAGUCUUUUGUCGUCGCCCCGGGCGUAUACGAUGGACUCUCGGCUCGAAUCGCCCUUUCGGUGGGCUUCGAUGCUCUGUACAUGGUAAGUGGCAACUCACCAGAUCAUCGCCAGCCAGCCCGUCCACCAGUCAGUCGGCUCACUUGUUUUGUAGACAGGUGCCGGUACAGCUGCCUCAGUCCACGGUCAAGCGGACCUGGGAAUCUGCACCCUCAACGACAUGCGUGCCAACGCCGAAAUGAUCUCCAACAUCUCCCCCAGCACCCCCGUGAUUGCCGACGCAGACACCGGCUACGGCGGUCCCAUCAUGGUUGCGCGCACAACGGAGCAAUACUCCCGAUCUGGAGUGGCCGCUUUCCACCUGGAGGACCAGGUGCAGACGAAGCGCUGCGGACAUCUGUCAGGCAAGAUCCUCGUUGACAAGGACACAUAUGUGACGCGGAUUCGGGCAGCAGUGCAGGCUCGGCAACGGAUCGGCAGCGACAUCGUAGUGAUUGCACGGACAGACUCGCUACAGACCCACGGCUAUGAGGAGAGUGUGGCUAGACUGCGCGCGGCACGGGAUGCUGGCGCGGACGUGGGUUUCCUGGAGGGCAUCACGUCCAGAGAGAUGGCCCGGCAGGUGGUGCAGGACCUGGCGCCGUGGCCGCUGCUGCUGAACAUGGUCGAGCAUGGAGCGACGCCGUCCAUUUCCGCGGCGGAGGCCAAGGAGAUGGGCUUCCGUAUCAUCAUCUUCCCGUUUGCGGCACUGGGGCCUGCCUGUGCGGCGAUGCGUGAGGCGAUGGAAAAGUUGAAAGUAGACGGGAUCCCCGGGCUAGACAAAGAGAUGACGCCACAAAUGCUCUUCCGGGAGUGCGGUCUGGACGAGAGUAUGAAGGUCGAUGCGCAGGCCGGCGGGGCGGCAUUUGACGGGGGCGUGGACUUGAAGUAGUUUUGAACUGGCCCUGUCCACCGUAUCCAGAUGGAUUUGUAAAUAUCAGGCAGCAACAAUCCAA